AUGUUUCCGUUUUCAGGACAUCUGUAUCUCCGCGGUGAAGGAACGAGAUAUCGAAGCCAAGCUGAAGGAAAUCGAGGUGAGCUCUUACUCAAGGGAGACCAGACCACUGAGAUCGUCGGUCUACUCGAGGACUCGCUCAUGGUGUUGGCAGGACUCCUCUCCAACCGGUAUAAUGCUCCUUUCAGACAGGAGAUACAGGACUGGGUGCAGAAGUUGAGCACCAGCACAGAGAUAAUUGAGAACAUCCUGCAGGUGCAGAAUCUCUGGGUCUAUCUUGAAGCCGUCUUUGUUGGAGGCGAUAUUGCAAAGCAGCUUCCCCAGGUAAGACAAUAUGUGAUCCUCCUUCUCUUCUUCUCCAAAACUUGCUCUGUAUUCUGGUGGUGCUAA